CUCUCUCUUUCUAAAACUGGUCACCAUCAGUAGCUGGUGGCGGUUGCGGCCAAGAACUUCUUAAGGAAAUACCAAGAUCAAAACCUUUUCCGACCAUCCUGCCAUAUCUCCCGCCCUUUCUAUUCCUUAUCCUUUCCCUUCAAUCCAUCUCCAACAUAUAAAUAUAUACUUUGUGAUAGCAUCAUAUACAGAGUCUCUUCUUACUUCUUAUCUUCUUCUUCUUCUUCUUCUUAUUUCUUACUGCUUUAAUUCAUAUGGGGAUCUGAAACUUGUUUGUUAAAUAUACAGUGGCUCAAGAUCCAAAGCUUGAGCUUUUUGUCCUGCCAUAACACAACAGCAGUAUCAGAAGCUUAAAGUGCAGCAAAAAGCUGUCAAUUUGAUACAUUAAAACACCAAGUCAUCAUGAACACCUUUUCUCAUGUUCCUCCGGGCUUUAGAUUCCACCCGACUGAUGAAGAACUCGUCGAUUACUAUCUUCGGAAGAAGGUGGCAUCAAGAAGAAUUGAUUUGGAUGUCAUAAAAGAGGUUGAUUUGUAUAAGAUUGAACCAUGGGACCUCCAAGAAAAAUGUAAAAUAGGAGCUGAUGAUCAAAAUGAGUGGUACUUUUUCAGUCAUAAAGAUAAGAAAUACCCGACGGGUACUCGUACUAAUCGAGCAACAACAGCAGGGUUUUGGAAAGCAACUGGCAGGGAUAAGCCAAUUUAUUCAAGGAACAAUCUUAUUGGGAUGAGAAAGACCUUAGUGUUUUAUAAAGGUAGAGCACCAAAUGGCCAGAAAUCAGAUUGGAUCAUGCAUGAGUAUAGAUUAGAAACAAAUGAAAAUGGCCCUCCUCAGGAAGAAGGUUGGGUGGUGUGUAGGGUUUUCAAGAAGAGAGUAGCUGCAAUAAGAAAAGUGAAUGAGCAUGAGUCUCCUUCAUGGUAUGAUGAGCAUGUUUCCUUCAUGCCAGAGCUUGAAUCCCCCAAGAGACUACUUGGAACUCAUCAUCAACCAGACAUGCAACAACUUCAUCACAAUCUCUACACUUGCAAACAAGAGCUUGAAAUGCACUACCACUUGCAUGCUCACCAUGAUCCUUUUCUUCAGCUCCCUCAAUUAGAGAGUCCAAAGCUUCCAAACAACUUCAUCAACAAUGGACCAUGCACUCUUCUUCAACAACCAUCAAGCACUAUUCCUGUCACACAUCAUGAUCAAAUCAUUUCACUUUUUAGUAACAACACAAACAUUGAACAUCAUCAUCAUCAAGAUGUGGAUCAAGUCACAACAGAUUGGAGAGUGUUUGAUAAGUUUGUUGCUUCUCAGCUUAGCCAAGAAGAUGAUCAUCAUGGCUCUAAAGGAAGUACACCAAACUAUGCACAUGUGUCUACUGUUUUUCAAGUUUCAGGGAAACAAGAAGCUGCAGUUGAGUAUGCAUCCACAUCAUCCUCUUGGAAGUGAAUGCCUUCACUAUAUCUCUCUAUAUAUAUAUAGAUAUCUAUAUAUAUCUAUAUCUACAUCUAUAUAUGUGACUGA